ACUUGCCGGAGUUUUCCAGGAUAUCCUAUUGCGGUGAUACAUCGUUCUUUUUUCUACAAUAAAUCAACAACUGUUCAGCAUGCAUUCUUUGUGGUGAUUGGAGUAAUUCUUUACGUCUUCAAUAACGGUUAUGAUUGUAUACAUGCUUUCAUCAGUGUUCUUAUGGCAUACAUUACUAUACGUGUUGUCGGUGGGAAACCGGAAUCGGUUAUAGCAGCUCAUGUUUUUUUCCUGGGAUAUCUGCUUGUUGGCUACUGGUAUGCAGAGUCAGAAGCGUACGAUAUAACGUGGACCACACCGUAUUGUAUCAUGACAUUGAGGUUUACAGGACUAAUCAUGGAUAUUUACGACGGUGCACAUUUCGAGGCUUUGAGAGCAGAUCAAAAGAAAACAGCAAUCAAGGAUCCGCCCGGGCUACUUGAGGUGGCCGCGUAUGGUCUUUUUUACACAGGAACAAUUGGCGGUCCUCAGUUCUCGCUAAGCAAAUUUCGAUCGUAUGUGAAUGGAGAUUGGUUAGAUGAGAAGGGACAACCCAGGCAGUCAUCUUUGAUGCCAUCGUUAGGAAGAUUUAUUGGUGGUUGUACAUUUGUGGUACUUAAUCAGUGGGGAGCAGUUUGGAUUCCCAACACGUUUUUCAAUUCACAGGAAUUCUUUCGAAUGGAAUGCAGUCAACAGCAGCUGUACUAUGGGACAGUUAUUAAUAGAGACUUUGCUGUCGCCUACUCGUUUCUUGGAAAUCAGCGAUAA